AUGGACCCGAAUCGCCAACUCAGGAAUCCUUAUACUUUUUCAAAUCUCUUCAAUCUUGAGUCUUUGAUGAACUUUCAACUACCCCAACCAGAAGAUGAGUUUGAUUAUUAUGCCAAUAGUAGUCACGAUGAGAGCACAGGUGGACAAGCAGACCGAUGUAAUGGAAUACUGUUAGAAAAGAGAAAGAGGCGAAAUGUGUAUAGUUGUGAUGAAGACCAGAAUGGCGGUUAUAGUACAUACAUCUCUGAGGAGCGAUAUAGAGCCAUGCUUGGCGAGCAUGUCCAUAAGUACAAGAAAAGGCACAAUAAUAAUUUGACUAGUGCUCCUUCCAUCGGCAACAGGAUGUCAGACAUGAAGAGCAGUUUAGGUUUAAAAGACCAUAAAGGAGCACACAAAAUUGAAACAACUUCGAAGUUUUUAUAUGAUAGUUUAACCCAGAAGCUGGGGGUAACUUCAACGAAGCAGAUUUUUUUCCUCAUUUUAACACGGAUAGGUCAUUUUCUAAACCUGCUUAUCUCGAUAUUGGAGAUGGCAUCAGUUACAGAAUUCCUCCAACUUAUGAAAUGUUGGCCGCUUCAUUAAACUUACCUAGAUUAUCAGAGAUUCGGGUGGAGUUCUACCUUAAAGGAACACUUGAUUUGGGCUCAUUAGCUUCAAUGAUGGUUGUUGACAAAAGGUUUUGCUCCAGAAGCGGAGCAGGGAUGGGUGAGCCUAAAUUCCAGUAUGAAUCUCUUCAGGCAAGAUUGAAGGCACAAUCAUCAAAUAACUCCCCCCAAAAAUUCAAUCUUAAAGUUAGCGAUAUUGCAUUGGAUUCAUAUUCUAUCCUAGAAGAAGCAGCUGGGGGAAUUCGGCGUUCCAUCAUGUUAGAUGGUGGAACUUUGCAGGUUUUUUAUGUGAAGGUGUUGGAGAAAGGUGACACGUAUGAGGUUUGUGUUGUAUGUCUUCAUAUCUUCCUUGUAUGGUAAAUUAGGAUUUUUUGUUGGCUGUUGUCACCAUAUACGACUUGAAUGUUCUGACAUCCAGAUUAUCGUACGUAGCUUGCCCAAGAAGCAGAAGGUGAAUGAUGAUCCAUCUAUGAUUGAGAAAGAGCAGAUGAAUAAAAUUGGUAAAUAUUGGGUCAACAUGGUUAGAAAAGACAUACCAAAGCAUCAUAGGGUUUUUAUCAUCUUCCACAGAAAGCAAUUAACAGAUGCCAAGAGAUUUGCCAAGCUGUCAACGGGAGGUAAAGAUGAAGGUAAGCAGAUCACAUGAGUUGAUGAGAGGUGCUUCAAUUCGCACGAGGAAAAUGGCAAGGGACAAGCUCGUCUUUUGGAAGAGAGUAGAUAAAGAGAUGGUAAUCUUUUUAUAUUCUAAUUGUUGGACAAAAUUGCCAACAUAAAUAUCGUAUAGCAGAAUGAUGACUGCUUUCACCUCCUCAAUUCCUUGUUCCAUGUGUCAUAAAUAAAGAGGACUAUUUGAUGGAUCCUGCAGUGUGGAAGCAAAAGAUUGUGUAUCUCUGAUUAUAUGACAAUCUUUUGUCUAAUCUGUAGCGAGUUCAAUGGUAUGAAAUUUCUACUAUGAAUUUUGGUGUAUACAAACAGAGUCUAUUAGGAGAGGGAGGAUUUUUUUUUUUUGCUUCUAUGGUGGACAUCAAGA